CUGAGUGCGGCGUAAAACAACAAACCAACAAAUGAACCAAAAGAUGAAUUUAUUGUUUUCUUUGUUCGACAUGUUUUGUCUUGCAUCCUCAGACAUAUAGUGUUGUUCUUGCAGCAACAUUUGAAGACAGUUCCAACAGUUCCAUGGAUCUGGUGUUACUGCUUGACUCGCCUAAAAAAGUUCGACCUGCCAAUGUUAAUCGUUUAAAGAAAUGUAUCAUCAAAGUCGUAAAUGAUACAAGUUUUGACGACGGAAAGGUCCGGGUUGGAGUGGUCACUUUCUCCAGCUCCUCCAAGGCAACAUUUGAAGACAGUUCCAACAGUUCCAUGGAUCUGGUGUUACUGCUUGACUCGCCUAAAAACGUUCGACCUGCCAAUUUAAAUCGUUUAAAGAAAUGUAUUAUCAAAGUCGGAAAUGAUACAAGUUUUGACGACAGAAAGGUCUGGGUUGGAGUGGUCACUUUCUCCAGCUCCUCCAAGGCAACAUUUGAAGACAGUUCCAACAGUUCCAUGGAUCUGGUGUUACUGCUUGACUCGCCUAAAAAAGUUCGACCUGCCAAUUUUAAUCGUUUAAAGAAAUGUAUCAUCGAAGUCGUAAAUGAUAAAAGUUUUGACGACGGAAAGGUCCGGGUUGGAGUGGUCACUUUCUCCAGCUCCUCCAAGGCAACAUUUGAAGACAGUUCCAACAGUUACAUGGAUCUGGAUUUUCUGCUUGACUCGUCUGAAAGUGUUGCACCAACCAAUUUUGAUCGUUUACAGAAAUGUAUCAUCGAAGUUGUUAAUGAUACAAGUUUUGACGACGGAAAGGCCUGGGUUGGAGUGGUCACUUUCUCCAGCUCCUCCAAGGCAACAUUUGAAGACAGUUCCAACAGUUCCAUGGAUCUGGUGUUACUGCUUCACUCGCCUAAAACAGUUCGACCUGCCAAUUUAAAUCGUUUAAACAAAUGUAUUAUCGAAGUCGUAAAUGAUACAACUUUUGACGACGGAAAGGUCCGGGUUGGAGUGGUCACUUUCUCCAGCUCCUCCAAGGCAACAUUUGAAGACAGUUCCAACAGUUACAUGGAUCUGGAUUUUCUGCUUGACUCGUCUGAAAGUGUUGCACCAACCAAUUUUGAUCGUUUACAGAAAUGUAUCAUCGAAGUUGUUAAUGAUACAAGUUUUGACGACGGAAAGGCCUGGGUUGGAGUGGUCACUUUCUCCAGCUCCUCCAAGGCAACAUUUGAAGACAGUUCCAACAGUUCCAUGGAUCUGGUGUUACUGCUUCACUCGCCUAAAACAGUUCGACCUGCCAAUUUAAAUCGUUUAAACAAAUGUAUUAUCGAAGUCGUAAAUGAUACAACUUUUGACGACGGAAAGGUCCGGGUUGGAGUGGUCACUUUCUCCAGCUCCUCCAAGGCAACAUUUGAAGACAGUUCCAACAUUUUCAUAGAUCUGGUGUUACUGCUUGACUCGCCUAAAAAAGUUCGACCUGCCAAUGUUAAUCGUUUAAAGAAAUGUAUCAUCAAAGUCGUAAAUGAUACAAGUUUUGAUGACGGAAAGGUCCGGGUUGGAGUGGUCACUUUCUCCAGCUCCUCCAAGGACAUAAAGUGUUGUUCUUGCAGCCACAUUUGA